UCUGUUCGGCAGCAACAACAAAAUGUAAUAAGACGGAACUUGUUGCAAAAGUCGCCAAAAAUUGCUUAAAAAAUAAGAAGGGCACGAUAUAGGCGAACAACAUACGACAACAGUGGUUCGUAGAGGCUUAGCAAACUAAAUGCGCAUUAAAAUGGAUUGUGAAGUGCCUGAGCAACAAAAACAGCACCAACACCAGCAACAACAACAACAACAGCAUCAACAACAACAACAAAACGCCAACAAGUCUGCGAGAAAGCCACAGACGUCGCAGCAGCAUCAGGAAAGCAGCGACGAUGAUGACUUGAGCAACGCGGAGCGCAAGAAUCUGGAAUUUGCACAAAAAUUGGGCUACAGUGAGCAGUCCAUACAUACGGCGCUAACGCGUCUGGGUUCAGAGGCUAAACAAAAUGAUCUGCUGGCAGAGCUUAUCAAACUAACGGCAGAUGCGCCACGGCCAACAGUCACCAACAGCAACAGCAAUAACAACAAUCAUGUGCCAAUCCCUGCUAGCAGCGGAAGCGGGUCACUGCGCCACAUCGUCAUCGAUGGUAGCAAUGUGGCCCUCUCGCACGGUAAUCACAGUAUCUUUAGCUGCCGCGGAAUACGGAUCUGUGUGGACUGGUUCCGGCAACGCGGCCAUCGUCACAUCACAGCUUUUGUGCCCAAUUGGCGCAAGGAGCUGGCCAACAACAAUAUAACUGAACAGGAAAUUCUUUAUGAGCUGGAACAAGAAAGGAUGUUGGUAUUUACACCAUCGCGGCAUUUGGAUGGUAAGCGCGUUUCAUGCUAUGAUGAUCGCUUCAUACUCAAGCUGGCGGUGGAAACGGAUGGUAUUGUGGUGUCCAAUGACAAUUAUCGCGAUUUGCUUUUGGAGAGCAACGAGUUCCGCCGCGUUAUCCAGGAUCGCCUGCUAAUGUACUCCUUUGUGGAUGACAUCUUUAUGCCGCCCGAUGAUCCACUGGGUCGAUCCGGGCCCAACCUGGACAUGUUCUUGCGCACACAGAGCCAGCAAAAGAUGACGGACGCACAGCAACAAUUAUGUCCGUACGGUAAGAAAUGCACAUACGGUCAGAAGUGUAAAUUUCGACAUCAAACGACGCAGCUGCAGCGCCUGCCACUUCAAGUCUCGCAUAGUGCUCCACUUCACAGCAAUGGCGGACAGCAGCUAUUGUCUACCAGUGGCAGCAGCAGCAAUAAUGCAAAAAUGGCGGCUUUGGCUCGUACAAAAUCGAAUACAAUUGACAAAAUCUCACAGCAGCAACAACAACAACAGCUUUGUCAUUCCUUCAACAACCAGAUGGAGCUGGGCAGCAAUAGCUGCGAUGUAGAGCCGGCGCAGCAGCUGAAUCGCCACAAGAAGCUGCAAAGGCAGGCACCGUCCCCAUCCUUUCGGCUACUGGCGCCCACAUACAGCGCACCACAUCAGCAGCAGCAACAAUUGGUUAACAAGAAAAAUAUCAAUGGCAAUUAUCAACAUCAGUAUCUGACUCGCACACCCUCCGAACCAUUGACGGAUCAACACCAGGCCUCCAAGCUGUCCAUUCCCGCUCACAAUUUAGCACAUUUGUCAGCAUCCGAUUCGCGUAUCAACGAGGACAUUCACCAUACAAAACGUGAGGAGCAGCGCAAUAUGUUGCGGUAUCAUUUGAACAGUCUAUUUCCGCAGCAUCAGGUGCACGCAGUGCUGCAGCUGUAUCCUGAUGAGACCGAUGCGAAGACAAUCUGUGCAGCAAUACUUAAUUUAUUUCCGCAUAAUUAGACUAAAACUUAGGCUAGACGCAAUCUUCACAAUUAAGCUGC